AUAUCUGGGCCCCAAAAGUGUGUGGUCAUUGCAGAGACGCACAGAAGGCGGCUGCAUCUGCAGAGCUGAGAAUAACUGGAUCUUGUUCACACUCGGCCAGAGGAAGAUUCCUGGGGUGAGGUCACACCUCCUUCCAGCCUCACGCAGACCAGGAGCUGAAGGGAGAUCUCUGAGACCGUGCUGCUGCCACCAUGAGCUCAGAAAACCUCGGAGACCGCUCAGAUAUUGAGAUCUUUUUUGAGGAUGUUGCUGAGUGUCUCUGGAACAUACUGAGCAGAGAGGAACUGCUUCUCCUGACUGAAUUCCUGAAGAAAAUUGAGGCUAACGCUGGUUUGUCCAGGGAAGACGUGAAUGCUCUACACGAAUAUCUGAAUGAACUGGAAAGAGACUUGGCUGGGAAGGAGCAAGAAACACUCCCAGAAGAGCAGCUGGAUAGGAAGAGGUUUCUGAAGAAGUUUCCUCGGGUGACACAGCCGCUGGCGGAGCUCAAACACAAGCUCCGGGAGCUUGCAGACAGUGUUGGAAAAGUCCACAGGGACUGUACCAUCUCCAAUGUGGUGACCCGCAGCACCGGCGCUUUAUCUGGCGCCCUGACCAUCCUUGGCCUGGCUCUGGCACCCGUGACAGUGGGGGCCAGUGUGGCACUCUCAGCCACUGGAAUAGGGCUGGGAGCAGCGGUGGCUGUGACCGCUAUGUCCACCAGCAUCGUGGAACAUGUGAGUAGGUCAUCAGCAGAAAACAAAGCCAGUCAACUGAUGUCAAUUGGUGUCAAGAAGUGGAAGGUGCUCCUAGAGGUACUCAAGAGCAACCGCCAGAUUGUUCCCACAACAGAGAAAUUGGCAAAAGCCGAGAAACACCUUGAAAGAAAUAUCCAUGCCGUGGAGACAGGUGAAGCCGACCCUGACUCUGAAGUCAGUGCAAACGUCUACCUGAGCCCUGGGAGAAUCGCAGCCCCAGCCAUCCAGCAGGUAGAGGCAGGUUUCAAAGGCACAGCUUUGGCUGUUACCAAAGGAGCCCGGAUCACGGGGGCGGCCACCGCAGUCUCCCUCCUGGUGGAUGUGGGCUUCCUGGUGAAGGAGUCAAUGCACCUGCAUGAUGGUGCAAAGGCAGCAUCGGCUGAAACCCUGCGGCAGCAUGCCAGGGAGCCGGAGAGGGAGCUGGAGGAGCUCACCCAGAUCUACAGGCGUCUGCAAGAGGAGCCCGCUCCACCACCCCCAGAGAGUGAGCGUCCAGGGACACAUUCAGGGUCCAGGUGCGGAGGCACAUUCUCAGGGAAAAAAGGAGAGUGAGACAAACUUGUUGGAGCUGAGGGUUAGGAAACUGGUGUUUCUGCAGCUGAGCCCAGGAGGGGAGGGGUGAAUGUAGGUGAUAGAAGGGGAGAGAGGAGGAGCCUGGAUUAAGAGAGGAAGGGGGACUGGAGAAUGGGCGGGGGUGAGGGAGAAACCUCUUAUUUUUUUCACACUAUGAACUUUCUAUUUGUAUUGGGGAAUAGUCGAUUAACAGUGCUCUGAUAGUUUCAGGUGAACAGUCAGGGACGCAGCCAUUCACAUACAUGCAUCCAUUCUCCCCCUAACUCCCUUCCCUUCAGAAACCACUUACUUUGAACUAAAGACAACACUGAGUGCAGAAUAAAGGGAGAGGCAGGGGAACUAGCAACGAGACACAGAAAUAUGGAAGGGCUGAAAAUGGGGGAUAGUCAGAGAGGCAGGACUGUUGGGAUCCAGGAGAAGUAGCAGGGGCUACUCUCCCUCGCCCUUCCCGGGGUCUGAUGCCCCAGCAAGAAGAGUCUCCCCCUGGUGGUGGCCUCUAGCCCGACUUCUCCAACAACUCGCCUUUGAACCCAGCAUUUUAUCUUAAGGAGGCUGUGACUUCUUUUGUCUCCUUGUUUCUUUGAUUGAAGUAGAGUUGAUUUACAAUA